UGAAUAUUUCUCCUCUGUGACAUUAAUGUACAAACGGGAGAGCCGGGGACUGACCGGGCGCUCCCUGCCACUCAACGCCGCCUCUCCUCUCAUCACCUGCGGCUUGGGGUUCACGGACCACCCGAGGAAUUAGACUGGGCAGGGGAAAAAAGUUUCUCGGUGGGAUGUUUCAACUUCUUCUUGGGCUCUGCUGCGGCUGGGAUGCUGCCUGCGGAGUUUGAUGCUGUUUUCGGAGAUUUAAUCCCAUAGACUGGAGACUGGGAAUCACAGCUCCCAUUUGGAUAUACCGCUGCUGCCGCUGCCGCUGCUGCUGGACAGCCUUCCUCACAAACUGCAUCUUGUGAAGACAGAGACCUGUCUAUGAGAAAAUAGAGGGUAUAAUGGAGUACAGCCUGAUUUUGGUUUUAUGUGCGCUCACAACUUUGGCUUAUGGGUCCCGGCCAAGGUUAGAGGAUGCUGCUCCUCGGAUCGUGGAACACCCGUCCGAUCUGAUUGUGUCUAAGGGUGAGCCGGCCACUCUCAACUGUAAGGCUGAGGGACGGCCAACUCCCAUGGUAGAAUGGUACAAAGAUGGUGAGCGCGUUGAAACGGACCGAGAGGACCCCCGAUCCCACCGCAUGCUUUUGCCCAGCGGUUCCCUCUUCUUCCUGCGAAUCGUUCAUGGGCGCCGAAGCAAACCGGAUGAAGGCGUCUAUGUGUGCGUGGCCCGGAACUACCUGGGUGAGGCGGUCAGUCGCAAUGCAUCACUGGAGGUGGCAAUUCUCAGAGAUGAUUUUCGUCAGACGCCCAGUGAUGUGGUGGUGGCAGCAGGUGAGCCGGCUGUCAUGGAGUGCAUCCCGCCCAGAGGCCAUCCUGAGCCGACCAUCUCUUGGAAGAGGAACAACAUUCGGGUCAAUGACCGAGAUGAGAGGAUCACUAUCCGGGGAGGGAAGCUGAUGAUUUCCAACACCAGGAAGAGUGAUGCUGGCAUGUAUGUGUGUGUUGGCACCAACAUGGUGGGAGAGAAAGACAGCGACCCCGCUGAGCUCGUGGUGUUUGAGCGGCCGGUGUUCACCAAACAGCCAGUGAACCAGGUGGUGCUGGCAGACGACACGGUGGAUUUCUUCUGCGAGGUCCAUGGAGACCCGACUCCCACUGUCCGCUGGCGGAGAGAGGAGGGAGAGUUGCCCCGGGGCAGAUUUGAGAUCCGCAGUGACAACAGCCUCCGUCUGACCCAGGUGAGGGCCGAGGAUGAAGGCACUUACACCUGCGUGUCGGAGAACAGCGUGGGCAAAGCCGAGGCUUCGGGCACACUGCAGGUUCAUGUGGGUCCAUCCAUGCCUCCUCAGAUCGUGGUGCGGCCGCGGGACCAGAUCACAGCGCCGGGUCGCACCGUAACCUUCCUCUGUGGCACUAAGGGAAACCCUCCGCCAGCUGUCUUCUGGCAAAAAGAGGGCAGCCAGAUCCUGCUCUUCCCCAUCCAGGAGUCAUCCCAGGCGGGACGUUUCUCGGUGUCGCUGAGCGGCGAGCUGACCAUCGCUGAUGCCCACCCAGAAGAUUCAGGCUAUUACAUCUGCCAGGCCAUCAGUGUGGCCGGCAGUAUACUGACUAAAGCCCUGUUAGAGGUGGAGAGUGCACCCUCGGACCGCGUCCCUCCCAUCAUCCGUCAGGGGCCGGCCAAUUACACUCUCGCUCCAGGUUCCACCGCCCAGUUACAGUGCCACAUCAUGGGAAACCCGCUCCCCAGCAUCCAGUGGGAGAAGGACGGCCAGAGGAUCCUAGGGAGUGACGGACGAAUCAGCUUGAUGGAAAAUGGCACCUUCCAAAUCGCCAACCUCCAGGAAACGGACUCUGGGGUUUACACCUGCCUGGCUUCCAGCUCCAGUGGAGAGACCAGUUGGAGUGGAGUGCUGACAGUCAAAGAGAGUGCGGACUCAUCGCUUUCUCAGGCCAUGGAGCCCUUCCAGUUGCCGGGUCCGCCGCACAAACCCAUCGUCACGGACGUGUCCAAAAACAGUGUCACUCUGACCUGGCAACCCAACGCCCACGAGGGAGGAGCUGCUGUCACUUCCUACAUCAUCGAGGCCUUCAGCCAAUCAGCGGGCAGCACAUGGCAGACUGUCGCCGAUUUGGUCAAGAUGGAGACGCACACGAUCACCGGCCUUUUCCCCAACACCAUCUACCUCUUCAUAGUCCGAGCUGUCAACGCCUACGGCCUGAGCGACCCGAGCCCUAUAUCCGAGCCCGUCAGGACUCAAGAUGUGAGUCCUACCGGGCAGGGCGUGGACCACAGACAAGUGCAGAGGGAGCUGGGAGAAGUGGCCGUCCAGCUUCAAGAGCCUGUCAUGCUAACCACAGCCUCCAUACAAGUAUCUUGGACUGUUGAUCGUCAGUCCCAGUACAUCCAGGGCUACCGUCUCCUUUACCGACCCAGCGGGGGAACGUGGCUCCUCCAGGACCUCAACUCGCCCUCCGAGCGCAGCGCCGUCCUCACCAACCUGCUCAAAGGAACCGAGUACGAGAUCAAAAUCCGGCCCUACUUUGAUGAGUUCCAGGGCAAAGACAGCCGCAUGUUGGUGGUGCGAACGCCAGAGGAAGUCCCAAGUGCCCCUCCCCGAGGUGUAACAGUCGCUACGAUGAAGCUAAGCAACAGUUCAAGCAUCAGUGUCUCGUGGGAGCCUCCACCUAGCGAGAUGCAGAACGGGAUCAUCCAGGAAUACAAGGUUUGGUGCGUGGGCAGCGCCAAUGACAGCCAGACACGCUACCACAUCAACAAGACCGUGGACGGCGCGGUGCUGUCCACGGUGCUGAAAGGCCUGAUGCCCGGAGUCCUCUACCAGGUGGAGGUGGCGGCGGUGACCGGCGCCGGGGUCGGCACGCGCAGUCAACCGGUGUCCGUCCUCAUCAAGCUGCCAGCUGAACAACCUGCCAUGCCAGGCGGCGGCGGCGACGGCGGCGGCGGCGAGGAGAGCAGCGUGAGUCUGGCCGAACAGAUUACCGACGUGGUCAAACAGCCGGCGUUCAUCGCGGGCAUCGGCGGCGCCUGCUGGGUCAUCCUCAUGGGCUUCAGCGUCUGGAUCUACUGCCGCCGCAAGAAGAGGAAGGAGCUGAGCCACUACACGGCCUCCUUCGCUUACACACCAGCAGUUGGUUUCCCACACGGAGAGGCAGCGGGACUCAAUGGAAGACCUGGCGUGCUGGGAGGCAAUAUGGGCAACUACCCAUGGUUGGCAGACUCCUGGCCCACAACCAACCUGGUCCACAGCAGUAAAGAGGCUGUCAACUGCUGCACCUCCAAACACGACACGGCUGAUAGAUACUACAAUGAAGCUGGUAUCUCCAACUACCUGAGUCAGACGGAGAAGUACAGCAUGGGCGGCUCCACCGAGGGUCCCAUCUACAGCACCAUUGACCCCACCAGUGAGGACCUGCACAGUUUUAGUUACUCCCAGCACACCACCACACCCUAUGCAUCCACCUCCAUCAUGCCUUUUACCAGCCAGACACAGGCACCGGCCCACAGCAGUGACCAGCAGGAGGACACACACUGGAUCACCCAGCCAGGACCCUCUGGAGCGCAGUACGCCCAGCCGGACCGCUGCAACGGUAAACCCAAGCAGAAAGCGAUGGGUAAGGCUGUGAAGACGCCGUCGCUGAGCUGGACGGAGGCCUUGCCCCCGCCUCCGUCCUCUGGAGAGCUGGAACAGUGUGAGCCGGACGAGCAGCCGCCAGAGCACGAGGACAUGGACAUAGGUUCGGACGAGGAGUGGUGCCCUCCCCUCCCGGAGAGGACCUACCUCAUGGAGGGCUCGGAGGAUGGACCGUGUCCUUCCCACAGGGCGGCCGCCUCUUCCCCGACCACCUCCUAUAGCCACCAGUCUACUGCCACGCUCACCCCGUCACCCCACGAGGAGACCAGAGCCCCCCAUGACCUGCCCCGCCUCAACCAACUGGACGGGCAGCAGCUGUCACGCAGAAGGUUACCCUGCGGUCCAGUGCCAGUUCCCCAGGCGCCUAGCCCACCUCUCACCCAGUCCAACCCCAACCUCUCCGGCCAGCAGCAUCAUGGCUCAUCGGAGGUUGGCACACUGCAGUGCCAAAGUCCUGCCCAUCGCUGCCUCCUCAGCCAGGGGGCAGCUCUGAAUGAAGACGGCAUCAGCUCUGCUACACCUGUGCACGGUCGUCCCUCCCCAGCAGACGCGUACACUCCUCCCAGCCAAAAAUCACGAGUGAAAAAAAAGGCGACUAAGAGUGCGGCAUACAGAAGAGACAUGCAAGGAGACCUCCCCCCGCCUCCCGAGCCGCCCCCAGAGGAGGACAGGUUGCAGGGCCCCGCAGGGUGCAUGGAGGCCGGCCACGUGGCAGGCGGAGCUCUGUCCUCCCUGGAGAAGAGGGAACCCAGCAGCUGCAGCCACCAAAGGAAGGGCUCAGGACCGAGACAGACCGACAAUGAGGAGUUAAUGCCGUACGGUGGAAAGGCUGGUUACCUCUCCAGGAAUCAGAUGUCCAGUAAUUGCUCUACCACAGGAAGCUCCUCUUCCAGAGGCUCCACGGGCUCCCGAGGCCUCAACGCGGCCAGGAAACACAAUGAGGAGAUGAGAUAAGGACACCAGUGGUUCACCGUUAUCUCUCAGUGUACCUUUGAUGCCUCCAUCGUCUUUCCAUCACAGACACAAUGAGCUGAAAAAAAAAGGAGAGAAAAUGUUCAAGACACCGGACUCUUGUUUCAUUGCUGUGAAAGAACAAUGGACUUCUCAUCUUGUGUUUUGGUAUUACUAUGAUUAUUUAUGAGCUAUCGAGUUCACCCUCUUCCUUAUUUGUAAAUACUUAUCUCUGUACUGUUCUUUUGUGGGCUCUGGAUACAGGGAAAGAGAUGUAUAUUGUAUUUAUGACGAUAAAAAAAUACACACAUGUAAAAAAAAAAAAAAAAAAAAAAAGGUCUGUUAUUAUGAAAAGCUCAUGUCUUCUUGAAUGUGCCAACUUGUUUUUUUUUUUUCCUUUGGUCAAAAUGUAUACUUUUGGAGAAGCAUUAACUACUGUUGCACUCUUGUUGUAAUGGCAAAACAACAGAAAAUAUGAAGCACAAAGUGUGUUUGUUGGUCGAGAGGGACGGUCAGAAAAGCCAAAACAGAGCGGAUUGUCGCUCCUGGACGGACGCCUCGGCAUGAGCGCUUCCCCCCGUUGGGACCCCUGCACCCAUAUGUAGUCCGCUAAGAAUGUCAUUCUUUUCUAUUUGUUUUUGUUUGUUUGUUCGUUUGUUUGUUUUCCUGCCGAGAAAUGUCGUGGUGUGCCAGCAGACUGACAGGCUUUAUAAAAGUUUGAUUGUAACCCCGCUCCUUCCUUCCUAUCCUCGCCCCUUGUUAAUUCGAGGGAGUGUUUGCUGCAAAUGCGCGAUAAAAUUUGCAUAUUCUCUUUCCAAAAACAAAAAAACAAAAAAACUUCU